AUAUUCACAAACGGUCUAUGUUUUUUGUGGGGAGAUUUUUUUUUGUUUCUUUGUGAAGUAAAAAUGUUGGGGAAUUUUUUUCUGUUUGUUUUCUUUAUGAGGUUGUGCAAACUUUUUUUUUGUGUGGUCUUAAAGGAUUGCAAAUAAAGUUUUGUUGUGUGGUUCUGUUUCUCAGGUUGGCCUAGCAGAAACAGUUGGAGAACUUUCUCAUUGUGGUAGUGGAUAUUUGCCAAUAUGUUUGUCAAGCUAAAGUGUUGAUCUUGAUGAGAAGGUAUGUGUUUUUAUAUGCUUGGGCUAACAAAAAUGAGUUUUUGAUUCGAAAUGGUAAUGGUGGAACUGAGAGAGUGUCAUAGUAGUGGGAUAAAUCCUCCAUUUUUUGGAUGUGCAUGUUCUGGUCUUCAUGCAGCUCUUGCUGGAUAGUUAUGGAGGGUUCAUCUGAGUCUGCUUGGCAAGAGUCUGAUAGUUCUAGGGGAUUUAAUAGUUCUAGUGUCUCAGAUAGGAAUCGUAGGGUUCUUAGUGCCAAUAGAAUUGGCUUGUCUGGUGAUACAUCGAAUGAUUCUGUGUUUAGGAAAGAGAGAGGUAGGGUUGUGUUGGCUCACACUGAUCAUCAUCUUAAAAACCAGGGUGGUUUGUCUGGAGUUUGUGAGGAUGAGGUAGCUGUUGACCCUUUUGUCCGAGCCAUAGAAUGGGGUGAUGUUAGUUUGAGGCAGUGGUUGGACAAACCAGAAAGAACAGUUGAUGUCUUUGAAUGCUUACACAUAUUUAGGCAAAUAGUGGAGAUAGUUAAUGUAGCACAUUUACAAGGGAUUGUUGUUCAUAAUGUCCGACCUUCCUGCUUUGUUAUGUCCUCUUUCAAUCAUGUCUCUUUCAUUGAGUCUGCAUCUUGUUCGGAUUCUGGUUCUGAUUCUUUGGAAGAAGGGUUGAAUAGCCGAAGUGUGGAGGUUAAGAAUUCAUCCUCUUCCUUGCCCCAUGAUGAGCAUCAAGAAAGAAGCGGCUUAGGUAGUGAAGAUUUUCGAUCAGCAAUGACACCAACUAAUGCUUUGUCAGAGACUACUUGCAUGCAGUCAGGCUCAGUCUAUGCAGCACGUUUAGCAUUAAUAGAAGAGACUGAAGAAAAUAAAGAAAAAGAUCGGAGGGAAGUUGAAGAAGUAGAAGAGAAGAAGCAACCAUUUCCAAUGAAACAGAUAUUGCUCAUGGAGACCAAUUGGUACACUAGUCCUGAGGAGGUUGCAGGUUCUCCAAGUUCCUGUGCUUCAGACAUUUAUCGUUUGGGGGUUCUUCUCUUUGAGUUAUUCUGCCCAUUUAGCUCAAGAGAAGAAAAAAGCAGAACUAUGUCAAGUCUUAGACAUCGAGUUCUUCCUCCUCAACUGUUGCUGAAGUGGCCAAAAGAAGCUUCAUUUUGCUUAUGGUUACUACAUCCUGAUGCUAGUGGUCGGCCAAAAAUGGGCGAGUUGUUACAGAGUGAGUUCCUUAAUGAACCAAGGGAUGAUUUGGAAGAACGGGAAGCAGCAAUUGAGCUUAGAGAAAGAAUAGAGGAGCAGGAGUUGUUAUUAGAAUUCCUGUUGCUUAUACAACAAAGAAAACAGGAAGCUGCUGAUAAGUUGCAACAUACCAUUUCUUUUUUGUGUGCUGAUAUUGAAGAAGUUAUGAAGCAGCAAGCACUUCUUAAGAAGAAGGGUGGCUCAUGCCCAGAAAUGGGGAAGGAUGAUCUUUUAAUGUCAAGUCCCCCACCAAUGAACUUUGUUGAUAGUGGUGAUUCUACUAGCUUGGGGUCUAGAAAACGAUUUAGACCAGGAAUGCAGAUUCAGAACAUCGAGGAAUAUGAUGAUAAUCUAGAUGACGGUCAAAAGUCAGAUACACUCAAUGAAAAUAUUGGCAGCCUUCUUUCCAAAAGUUCUCGGUUAAUGAAGAACUUUAAGAAGCUGGAGGCUGCUUACUUUUUGACAAGAUGCAGGCCUGUCAAGCCGUCAGGGAAACCACCGAUUAGACAUUCAACAAUAAGUAGUGAUGGUAAGGGGUCUAUUGUCUUAACUGAAAGGAGUUCUGUUAAUAAUUUGGCACCAAAAGAGCAGUACAGUGAAGGUAGACAAACAGGUUGGAUAAAUCCAUUCCUUGAAGGUUUGUGCAAGUAUCUAUCUUUCAGUAAGUUAAAAGUCAAAGCAGACUUGAAGCAAGGGGAUCUGUUAAAUUCUUCCAAUCUAGUAUGCUCUCUCAGUUUUGAUCGUGAUGGAGAGUUUUUUGCUACAGCUGGUGUAAACAAGAAAAUUAAAGUUUUUGAAUGUGACACAAUCAUAAAUGAAGACCGUGAUAUCCAUUAUCCUGUAGUUGAAAUGGCUAGUAGGUCGAAGCUAAGCAGUAUAUGUUGGAACAGUUACAUCAAAAGCCAGAUUGCUUCAAGUAACUUUGAAGGUGUUGUGCAGGUAUGGGAUGUUACAAGAAGUCAAGCACUAAUGGAAAUGAGAGAGCAUGAGAGGCGUGUAUGGUCCAUUGACUACUCAUCAGCAGAUCCAACAAUGUUGGCCAGCGGGAGCGAUGACUGUUCUGUUAAGCUAUGGAGUAUCAAUCAGGGAGUAAGUAUUGGUACCAUCAAAACAAAGGCGAAUGUCUGCUGCGUUCAGUUUCCUUUGGAUUCUAGUCGCUCCCUUGCAUUUGGUUCAGCAGAUCAUAAAAUUUAUUACUAUGAUCUCCGUAACUUGAAAACUCCUUUGUACACAUUUAUUGGACACAAUAAAACUGUGAGUUACAUCAAAUUUGUGGAUGCCACGAGUAUUGUUUCUGCAUCCACGGAUAACACUCUGAAGCUUUGGGAUUUGUCAAUGUGCACAUCUCGGGUUAAUGAUACUCCGGUUCAAUCAUUCACAGGACACAUGAAUGUAAAGAACUUUGUGGGUUUGUCAGUGUCUGAUGGUUACAUUGCUACUGGUUCAGAGACAAAUGAGGUGUUCAUCUACCACAAAGCUUUCCCCAUGCCAGCAUUGUCAUUCAAGUAUCACAACACAGACCCACUUUCUGGCCAUGAAAUGGAUGAUGCUGCACAGUUCAUCUCUUCUGUUUGUUGGCGUGGCCAGUCCUCAACCUUAGUUGCUGCAAAUUCCACAGGAAAUAUCAAAAUUUUGGAGAUGGUUUAAUUUGGCUAUUUUCCAAAUCGUUCAAUAUUCUAGUAAAGUGGAUAAAAGUUGUGGGGCAGAAAGAUGAUGUGAAAGAUUCUUGAGCCAGAGAAGCUUGUGUAGCUAAGACUGGCCUUUAAAUGUUAUAGGAGCUCGAUGAUUGCGAGCAAUAUUAGAAAUUUUUGGCAUUAGAUUGUAGCGGAUGCAGUUUACGUGAAGAGUGAGAAUGGUCUUGGUCUUGUUCAGAUGGCUGUAGAUAAAAAAUUCAAAGAAAAGGGAGGGGAUAAAAAUCAGAAUUCUUGUAUAUUUUUGUAAUGCUUACAGUUCAUAAUGAUAUGAUAUAAAUUUACAUUACCGAUCUUCAAAA